AUGCGGGGCGGGUCUUUGAAAGACUCGAAACGGGCGAAGAAGAAGGAAACGGGUGCGGAUCCGGAUGAUGAGGAUAAGAAAAAGUCGGGAGAGGAUAAGAAGAAGCAAUUUUUUCAAAGGGUAUGGAGCGAGGAGGAUGAAAUUGCUGUAUUGAAGGGGUUGAUUGCCUUCACCACGAAAAAAGGGAUGGACCCGUAUCAAGAUACGAAUGCUUUUCAUGAUUUUAUCAAGAAAUCGCUUCACGUGGAUCUUACAAGAACUCAAUUGAUGGACAAGAUUAGGAGAUUGAAGAAGAAGUAUGAGAACAAUCUUGGCAGAGGGAAUAAAGGUGAAGAUAGGAAUGUUUCGAAGCUCCAUGAACGACACGCUUAUGAUUUGUCUAAAAAGCUAUGGGGCAAUGGAACCAAAAAGAAUCAAAACCAGAAAGAGAGUAGUGAGUCGUUAGCUCUUUUCAAAGCUGAGUUGAAUGAUGGAGCUAAGAUGGAUAUUGAUAAUGAUAAGAGAGGGAGCCUGAACAGUGAAAAAGAGAUGCUUUUGUUUGAUAAGAGUGUUGGGAUGGCUGGUUUGGAGGAGUUUGUAAUCAACCAAGGUUUACAUAUGAUUGGAGGAGCCAAAAAAGCGGAAGUGGAGGAAAGGUGGAAGAAGCUGCAGAUUGCUCAGUUGCAAUUGUUUCUGGAGUGGAAUGAUUUGAUUAAGGAACAGACUAAGUUGAUUUUGGAGGCCAUGAAAUCAUCCAGUCAUUAG